CGGGUGUUUAAAAAUGCUUUACAGUAAUUUAAGACAGUUUUUCCUGAUAUACCUUAUAAUAGGGCUACUUCCUUUCAUUGGUGUACCUAAGGUACAACAAAUCAUUGAUCAUGUGGCCAAAGAAGAUGAUGAUAGAGUGGUAAUACCUUGUGACUAUUCAAAUGUUACUUCUUACCCUGUUUCCGUUCUUUUCAAUGAAGUAAAUGAAGCAGGAGUAAUUAUUAAAGCUGGUUUUGUAAACACUGUGAAGCCUGUCACUAGACGUUACAGCUUAAUAACAUAUCCUGAUUUUGCCGAAUUGAUUAUUUCAAAUCCAGAAAGGAAUGAUACUAAUAGGAGAUUUCAGUGUCAGAUACAGACACAAAAUGGAGAUUACAUAAUUUUGGACAUUUUAUACAUCCUCACCGUAUACUGUAAGUAUGACUGGCUGCAUCUCUAAAUUAUUUAUUUUUUGUAGAUAGAUAGAUAGAAAUCUUUCUUUAUUCUGGAUACUUAGUCAGUAUUGUUACACUGUUCUUCCCUGAGGUCAGGGGUAUUAUCUUAAACUACAUUAAAUUACAAAACAAAAUGAAAAUGUAAACUGCUCUAGACACAAUACAGAAGAAUUUUACUUAAGAUUGAGCUUAGCGGGGUUUGAGUUAGGGGUGACGGCACUAGACUUGUAAUAACAAGAACACACAGAUAACUAGCUUUAAAGUGAAGUAUAUUCAUGAAAUCUAGU